GACAAGAGGCAGAGGCAUUGCACAACCUCCAAUCACAGGCGAGGCUGCGCAGACACACUGACAGGUCCAGCGGGCAGGCAAAUACUAAAAGGCCAAUCUGCGAACGCUGCACAAUAGCCAAUCAGGCUGAGGCUUACAGGCUGUGUUCUGCUGGCAGAAAAACCAGCCCUCUGAGGGAAAAUUGUGGUACCUUUUCACUAGCUGCAUCACUGCUAACCACCGCUUCUCUAAUUUUUUUUUUUACCUUCCUCCCUCAACCGCUGCCCUUCCUUUCACGGCAAACUUUUGGCAAAAGCGACACCAUUGUUUUGUGCUCCGUUGAGUUCCUCCUCACAAAUGCCUUUCAAUCAGGGAAGCCAUUAAAUAGGACACACACACACAGAGGCACAAGGAGAUAGCAGCGGAUCGGGAUAGAGAACAAAUAUGCAAAGUGGACACUUUCCACAGCAGACUCCUCGCCUUGUCUCCUAGGGCAGCUGAGACGCAGCGGAAGGACGGAAGAGACAGGCGGCUGUGGAACAAAAGCACACUGAGGAGAAGGCAAAGAGAGAAGAGAGCGUGAGAAGGAGGAAUUGCUGUCACGGCUGAACCUGGCACCUGGAGAUGCAACCCACAAGCAAGCUUAUGAGCCUGAUCCUCCUCAUCUUGAUGGGCACCGAACUCACCCAAGUCUUGCCAACCAACCCAGAAGAAAGUUGGCAGGUGUAUAGCUCUGCCCAGGACAGCGAGGGCCGAUGUAUAUGUACAGUGGUGGCACCGCAGCAGACUAUGUGCUCUCGGGAUGCCAGGACAAAGCAGCUCAGGCAGCUCUUAGAAAAGGUGCAAAAUAUGUCCCAAUCAAUAGAAGUUCUGGACAGGCGGACCCAGAGAGACCUGCAAUAUGUAGAAAGGAUGGAGAAUCAAAUGAAAGGCCUGGAAUCAAAAUUUAAACAAGUGGAAGAGACUCACAGGCAGCACCAGGCCAGGCAGUUCAAGGCAAUAAAAGCGAAAAUGGAGGAACUUAGGCCUCUGAUACCAGUGUUGGAAGAGUACAAAGCCGAUGCCAAAUUGGUAUUGCAGUUUAAGGAGGAGGUCCAGAAUCUGACGUCAGUGCUUAACGAGCUUCAGGAGGAGAUUGGCGCCUAUGACUACGAGGAACUGCAGAGCAGAGUGUCCAAUCUUGAAGAAAGGCUCCGUGCAUGCAUGCAAAAAUUAGCCUGUGGUAAGCUGACCGGAAUCAGUGAACCGGUCACAAUCAAGGUAUCGGGGUCCAGGUUUGGCUCGUGGAUGACUGACCCACAGGCACCAGAAGGAGAUAACAGAGUUUGGUAUAUGGAUGGCUAUCACAAUAACCGCUUUGUCCGGGAGUACAAGUCAAUGGAGGACUUUAUGAACAGUGACAAUUUUACCUCUCACCGUCUCCCUCAUCCUUGGUCGGGGACAGGCCAAGUUGUAUAUAAUGGAUCCAUCUAUUUCAACAAAUUCCAAAGCCACAUCAUCAUCCGUUUUGACUUAAAAUCAGAGACAAUUCUGAAAACACGCAGCCUGGACUCUGCUGGGUACACAAAUGUCUACCACUAUGCUUGGGGUGGCCAGUCAGACAUUGACCUCAUGGUAGAUGAGAAUGGGUUGUGGGUGGUUUAUGCCACCAACCAAAAUGCUGGUAACAUAGUCAUCAGCAAACUAGACCCCAAUACUCUACAGAUCCUAAAGAGCUGGAAUACAGGAUACCCCAAAAGAAGUGCCGGGGAAGCCUUCAUGAUCUGUGGGACUCUGUAUGUCACCAACGGUUAUUCCGGUGGCACCAAAGUGCACUACGCCUACCAAACAAACACUUCCAACUAUGAAUAUAUUGACAUCCCGUUUCAAAACAAGUAUUCACACAUCUCUAUGUUGGACUACAAUCCCAAGGACCGGGCUCUGUACGCUUGGAACAACGGCCACCAGGUCCUCUACAAUGUCACAUUGUUCCAUGUCAUCCGCUCCGACGAAUUGUAGCUAAAUCUAGCUGCCACGAACUGACCAAAACAGUAGGACUGAACAAAACACAGAACAUAUCGGCUGCCAAAACUUUGCUGUCCUUCUGCAAGGUCUGUCGGAGUUGAAUGACUACCAUGUGCCCUCAUUACAUCAUAAUACAAAAAACACCUGCAGAUCUAGAGAACUUUACAUUUUAAUAACAAUGGAAUCAAAUAAAACGUGCUGCACAUAAGAUCCAAGAAAAUAUACUUUUGUUGUUUAAAAAUAAAGCUAUAUAAAACAUGUAAUAACAAGGCAGUGACUGUUGGUUAUAAUGGACAGUACCCAACAUCAAAGAUGUGGGAUUUUUCUUGAUGGAGAGCUUUUACUGUUGGGGGAUGGAAAACAUCCAGAAGGAUGAUCAUGGAACUCCUUCCAAGAACUUAAAGGGAUUAGUGCACGGUUGGGUAUUUUAAAGGGAGAAGCAUUAUAAUUACUUUUUCUAGAGUAAAAAUAAAAAAAUCUCUAAAGUUCGGGGAACUCUGAAAGUAUUGCAAUUAUUAAAAAAAAAAAAAAAGGAAAAAAAGAAAAACAAAACUCUCCUAAUCGAGAAAAAUUGAAAGUCUGUAUUCUGGCUAUAAUGGUAGUUUGUCCAUAUUGUUUAAACUUAUGUAGAAAUUAUCAUGUAUAAUGUCUGUUGUACUCUGAAGUAUUCAAUUGUAUUUGUCUGUUUCACGCGAUGAAUGUUGUUCAAUCUGAAGUAGUUUGGAUUUAUUAAGAGCAAUUCAUUUUUGUUUAUGUAAAGAUCUUAAAAAAAGGAAAAAUAUUUAUUACAUAUAAUAUAUACAUAUGGAUAUAUAAUUAGAGAAAGAUGUUUACCCGUCACGGUAACUAUAGAACACAAAGACCUGGGGCGCUGUCUCUUGACGUAGAGUAAAAGUGGCGCACCGGUCAUAUAAAUAGAGAAUUUAAUCUAUUAUAUGAAAUAAUUAGUAUUAAAUCGAACGCAGAAAUCGGUAGAUGUCUGUGGAAAAAGCCUCUAGAAUCUUUGUACCCAUUCAAAGUAAUUGUAACAAAAUAUUAGAAAAGGGUUUUUUAUUAUCAUAAUUUCAGUCAUCAGAAGACCUACCAUACAGAGCGAUUUGUACUAUCCACAGCUAUCUAAAGAACAAUAAAACAAAAUAUUAGGA